CACUCGCGCCAAGGCUUCGGGUGGCCGCGCCAAAUGUAAAUCCAUUUUUAAAAUUCGAGAACCGUUAUUUUUACUCUUUUUAUUUUUUCAUUUAUUGUCUGUGGCCGCAUAGUGAUUAUAAACAAAUGAGGAACAAUUUAAAAUUUUAUUUCCCGCUGUUGUUUUGAACAUUUAUUCACCAAUCAGCCAUGGAUGUCAAAGAAGAACUCAACAAAAAGGCGCCAAACGAUGACAGCGACGCGUUGGACGCCGUCAUCUUGCACAUGGGCGAGAUGGGCCUGUACCAGAAACUCCUGUUUGUCAUGAUGGCGCCGUUCGGAAUAUUCUUCGCGUUCGUUUACUUCGUGCAGAUGUUCAUUGCUGCUACACCACAGAACCACUGGUGUAAGGUGCCAGAGUUACAGCACUUGGAUGUUGAAUUGAGACGGAACCUCACAUCCCCACGGAUCGGCGAAACAUGGGAGAAAUGCCUGAUGUAUGAUGCUAAUUGGACUCAAGUGCUCAUUGACAUGGCCAUACCAGUGAACGCAAGUAUGGUGCCUUGCCGAAAUGGGUGGGAGUUCCAGCUGGGAGACAUUCCUUACCAUACUGUUGUUAGUGAACGUGGUUGGGUGUGCGAAAACGCUGGCUACGUACCCCUCACGCAGGCGAUCUUCUUUGGCGGCUCCAUGGUUGGUGGCAUGUUGUUCGGCUGGGUAGCGGACUACUACGGCAGAGUGCCGUCUUUGGUUGGAGCAAAUUUAAUAGCACUCGUCGGUGGUAUAGCAACCAUCUACUCUACUGGAGUUUGGGACUAUGCGUUCUGUCGAUUUCUCGUCGGCAUGUCGUAUGAUUCCUGCUUCAUGGCUAUGUACAUUUUAGCGUUAGAGUACGUGGGUCCGCGGCACCGCACGUGGGUGAGCAACAUGUCGAUCGCGCUGUACUUCGGCGGUGGCUGCCUGGCGCUGCCCUGGCUGGCCGUGUGGGCGGCCGACUGGCGCCUGCUGCUGUGGGUCACCAGCCUGCCCAUGAGCGUGGCGCUGCUCGUGCCGCUCGCGGUGCCGGAGAGCGCGAGAUGGUUAGCAUCUCGAGGUCGGGUAAACCAAGCCGUUACAGUAUUGAGACGUUUCGAAAAAGUCAACAAAAGCAAAAUUCCUGAGGAUGCUUUAGAUGAAUUCAUUGUGUCCGCAAGCCAAACCCGUCAAUCCAACGAGUCCAUAAUGGACGUGCUAAAAAGCCCUCUUCUCCGACGCAUGUUCUUUCUCAUAAUCUUCGUAUACAUGGCGAGUGCGCUGGUCUUCGAUGGCCUGGUCAGAAUGUCUGAGGGCUUGGGGCUGGACUUCUUUAUUACCUUUACGUUGACGUCUGCUACUGAAAUACCGUCGGUGGCUUUGUUGGCGCUGGUUCUUGAUAGAUGGGGUCGUAGAAAUCUCGCAGCAGUACCAUUAGCUAUUUCUGGAACAUUGGCUAUAAUUGCUGCUUUUGUACCAAAAGGCAUCCCGCAAGUGACGUUAGCCAUAUUCUCGCGGUUCACAAUCAACAUGGCGUACAAUGCGGUGAUCCAGUGGUCGGCUGAGCUGCUGCCGACCGGCGGGCGGGCGUCCGGCUGCUCGCUGAUACACGUCAGUGGUUAUGUGGCGACCGUGCUGUCGCCGUUUGUUGUGUUUUCGGAGCGCGUGUGGCGGUCGCUGCCGCUGGUGCUGCUGGGCGGCGCGGCGCUGGCGGCGGGCGGCGUGUGCGGCGCGCUGCCCGAGACCUGCGGCCGCCGCAUGCCGCAGACCGUCGCCGACGCGGAGCGCACCGUGCGCGCCUACACCUGCUGCGGGUCGGCAGUCGACGACGAAAUCUCAGCAGAUGAAGGCGAGAAAGACAAGGCUGUUACUUAGAUUAUUAAUUUAGCAUUUAUUGAAAUCAACUCAAUUUCCCAAAAGGGUAAUUUGAACAGAUACAAGCUAUGAGCGAAAGCGGGAGCGACUUAUGGAGUUUUUGAAACUAAAUAUCUUAGGAUUUUUAGGACGUAGUUUACCAACAAUAUAAUGCAUUUAUAUUUUAUAAUGGUACUUAUAAUGGCGUUAUUAGGCUAUGUUCCUUACUCCUUUACUCAAACAACAAAUAUUUUUAAACUAAUAUUUUCAUUGUGAAUGUUAUAUUAAAUACGGAGUAUUAAA